AUGUCGGACUCUACGAUAGCCUCCGACUUCUCAAGCAUCCCAAUUCUCGACUAUUCUCUACUUGACUCACCAUCUCAACGACCCAAGUUCAUCGCGCAACUUCAACACGCCCUCAUCAACGUCGGCUUUCUCUACCUCUCAAAUCACCCCGUAUCAACAACCGACAUCGAUUCUCUAACCCAAUACAUCCCGAAACUCUUUGCGUUGCCUCAAGAAGCCAAGGACAAAAUUCGAAUGGCGAAUUCGGAGCAUUUUCUGGGGUAUUCGAGGUUAGGGGCCGAGUUGACGAAGGGGAAAGUGGAUCAGAGGGAACAAUUCGAUUUUGCGACGAGGCAUGUUUGUAGGUGGAAGGAGGGAGAUCCGGAGUAUUAUCGUCUUUGGGGCCCUUCGCAGUGGCCUGAUGAAGACCUAAUUCCGGGAUUUAGGGAUACUAUGGAACGUUACCUGGACCAGGUUCAAGACCUCAGCUACAAGCUUAGUUCCUUACUCGCAGAGGCGUUCGGUCUCCCUCCGAACGGGCUUGCGCACUUCUAUGACACCGACGAGCUAAUGCAACAUCGGUCGAAGAUUGUACGGUAUCCCGUGGUCAACGAAGGUGAUGACGACCAGGGCGUGGGUCCCCAUUACGAUGGGGGAUUCCUAACAUUCGUUGAGUGUCUAUUCCUCUUACAAGCGUCGCCACACCGUGGCCUACAAGUCCAGAAUCUUUCAGGACAGUGGAUUGACGCACCGCCCAUACCGGGCACUUUCGUUGUCAACAUCGGAAAAGCGUUGGAAUUCGUAACACGAGGAUUGGCUCGCGCAACGUCCCAUCGUGUUAUUUCGCCUAAAGGGUUGACAACACCUCGAUAUUCGGUGCCCUUCUUUCAGAGCAUUGGCUUGGGUGUGCAACUUGCGAACGAGGUGCUCGAUUUCCCUCCGGAAAUUUUGAAACUUCGGGACCAAAGGGGCAAGGUAGCCGCGACUGACUCCGUCAAUUUCUCCGAGUUCGACAAAGAACCGUCGGGCAAAGUCAGCCUCAUUGGACGUAUAAAGAGCCAUCCGGAUGUUGGAGAGCGACAUUAUCCGGAAUUGUUCAAACAAAUCUUUCCUCAAGGUUUCACAGGCAAAGGGAGUGCAUACUAA